GACGAUGAUUUGAUUGAUGGAGAAAUAGCAUGCAAAGUAAUAAAUAUCAUGAACGAAAAUAAGUCAUGGAGUGAUCCGCGCGGUAGUGCAAAUGGUUGCGAAAAACUGGAAUUGGCAUUUAUAUACUUUUUCCAGCAGUUCCGGAAGAGCUAUAUCGGAGAAAAUUCCCAAAAAGUUUCUAAAUCAUACAAUAAAUUAUCGGAACUACUUGGAAUCAACGAUCAGACAAUGCUUCUGGAGCUAAUUGUCACAAAAAUAAUAUUAUUCGUAGAUGACAAUGUUGAUAGGGAUUUUGACGAAUUCGUUAAACCUUGGGAUAUUACGAUGACUGAGCUUGGAACAUUAAAUUCUCUGCAAGCAUUUAGACAACCUGCAGUCAAGACGACUCUGUCGGGUAUCUUUAGAGAUUUGAGAGGAUUCCUCUCGGCCAUUCAGAGUCGAAAGAACUUUUUAUUGCUUUUUGAAUGGUUUUACCCUAAUCACAUGCAGAUCCUAUAUCAUGCUUUAGAGGCUUGGUUUGAUGAUGAAUUGGCCAUCACAAUUCUUAAGUUCUUUCACGAAUUUGUAAGUAAUCGAACGCGGAGGUUGGAUUUCGAUAUAUCUUCUCCUAAUGGCAUACUAUUAUUCCGCGAGACGAGGUAA